AUGUCACCUCCACAAUGCAAAAACUUGGUCCUCGACGCGGGCCCACUUCUCUCGUUGUCGCCCUUGCGGGGGCUUGCGGAAACAUAUUUCACCGUCCCUCAAGUCCUUUCUGAAUUGAAGGAUCAUCGUGCAAGGGAACAUUUUGAAAGACUGGGUUUAAUGUCCGGCGUGAAAGUAGAAGUCAGAUCUCCUAGCGCCGCUAGCCUGGCCUAUGUCAUCCAAUGGGCGAAGAAAACUGGAGACUAUUCUGUCCUUUCACACCCAGAUCUCUGCGUUCUGGCGCUCACGCAUGCAUUGGACGAAGAAGACAAACGGGCACAGGAAAUUUCCGUCGUUUCUGAUGUCAACGGUAUCUCUUCAGGCUUAAACACGGAGCCAUCGCAUGAAACUUCGCCUUCCGGCGAAGCAGAGCCAUUGAUUGAAGCAGAUCUUGCAACACCACCGGAGGGAUUGUCUGUGGGCGACAUUUUGAGCGGUGUGAAUGGCAUUCAAUUAGGAAGUCAGGUUGCAGAAGACGAAGAGGAAAGCCUCGAGAAGGAACAAAAUCUAGAGGGCGUGGAUACCAACUUAGAUAUCUCACCUACGCAAGAAGGGAGAAAUGCCCCCUCGCCAAUUUACGACGAUCCGUCCGAUUCCGAUGAUGGGGAAGGGGAGUGGAUCACCCCAUCCAAUGCUGCUCUCCAUAAAUCUCGCGCCCUCGAGCUUCUACCUGCCGAUGAUGUUGUCUCUAAGAAGAAAGGCAAAGGCAAAGAAAGAGAGCCUCUGAGGACUGGUUGUAUGACAGCCGAUUUUGCAAUGCAGAACGUUCUGCUUCAAAUGGGCUUGAAUCUGGUUGGUCUCGAAGGUAAGCGAAUCGAGAAGGUUAAAAGCUGGGUCCUGCGGUGUCAUGCUUGUUUCAAAAUAUGCAAAGACAAUUCUAAAAAGUUCUGUCCAUCGUGCGGCAAUGCAACGUUAUUAAGGGCAUCAGUCACAGUAGCUUCCCCCACCGCUUACGCUGACGCCCCUGCCAUGCAAGUUCAUCUUAAACCAAACUUUCAAUACAAAAUUCGGGGAACCAAGUAUCCGAUUCCGGCGCCCAAACAAGGCUCUGCGAAAUUUGGUGCAGGGACUGGUCUCGUUCUCCGGGAAGAUCAAGUGGAGUAUCUGAGAGCGAAGAAAAAGGCCGAUGGAAAACGUGAGCGAGAAGAGGUGAAAUUAUUGAAAGGGAUCUUGGCGAAAGGCGUGGACAGCAAUGGCGCCAGUGCCACUGUAGGGAGUUGGAUGGACCCUGACUGGGUACCGGAAAUUAUGAGUGUUGGAUCGGGGGGUAAAGGGAGAUCUGUGAGGAAUUCUAGAAUGGAUGGUGACCUGCCUCAAAUCGGAUACGGUAGAAAGAAUCCAAACGAGAAAAGGAGAAAUAAAUGA